CUGGUGGGUGAAAUCGGCUCUCUGAUUGGCUGGCGCGCUCUGAGGGCUCUGCCGGGCCGCGGCCCCCGCCCGGAACGUCGGGGGUGAGGUGGGGGGCGGGGGGCGAGGGACCCCCGGGACCCCCCCGGGAGCCCUCGGAAAUCUCCCAAAAAAGCCCAAAUUUCCCCAAAUUUCUGCUCCAAAGCUCUGGAAUUGCAGCCAAAGAUGUCCAGGAAGCAGCAGCCCAAAGCCCCCCCGGCGCUGCCGUCGGACGCUCGCUGCGGGGCCGGGCGGGCCCGGGGCGCCCCCGAGAGCAUCAGGGACAAGGUGCAGGCGGUGCGGGCCGUGGUUCCCAACCGCAGCAACACCGAGAUCGUGCUGGUGCUGCAGCACUUCGACAACGCCGUGGACAGGGCCGUGCAGGCCUUCAUGGAGGGCAAUGCCAGCGAGGUGCUCAAGGAAUGGACGGUGACUGGGAAGAAGAAGAACAAGAAGAAGAAGCCCAAAGCCCCGGCCUCCGCCCGGCCCCUCCCCCCCGGCCCCGGGGCCGCAGGAAAAAGCUGGAAAAGCUGGAAAAGCUGGGAAAUUUGGGAAAUUUGGGAAAUCCGGGAAAUCCGGGAAUUGCCAUCAAUGGUUUCCACGGCAACCGCGCCCCCAGCCUGGAGUCACUGCCUGAGGCCGGGGCGGCGCCGGGGAGGGCCCAGCCUGGAGCGCUCCCUGAAGGAUCUGCAGCGCUGCUCCGUGGCCCUGGCGCGCUUCAGGGCCCUGCUCAGGGACGAGGUGGAGAGCUCCCUCAGGAGGGUCCGGGGGGCAUUUGGGGAGAUCCAGAGCUGCCUCAUGGACCGGGAGGUGGCUCUGCUGGCCGAGAUGGACAAAGUCAAGGCAGAAGCAAUGGACCUGCUCUCCCUGCGGCAGCGGCACGCCGGGAUCCCCGUGGAUCUCCUGUCCCUGCGGCAGCGGCGCGCCGGGAUCCCCGUGGACCUGCUGUCCCUGCGGCAGCGGCGGUGGAGCUGCUGUCCCUGCGGCAGCGGCGCGCCGAGGCGCUGCGCGCUCUGA